AUGGCAGUCACCAGUGAUGACCUAAGUCGACAUGACAUGCUGGCCUGGAUCAAUGAAUCUCUGCAGUUGAAUAUGACAAAGAUCAAACAGCUGUGCUCAGGGGCUGCCUAUUGUCAGUUUAUGGACAUGCUGUUCCCUGGCUCCAUUGCCUUGAAGAAAGUGAAAUUCCAAGCCAAGUUCGAACACGAAUAUAUCCAAAACUUCAAAAUACUACAAGCAGGUUUUAAGAGGAUGGGAGUUGACAAAAUAAUUCCUGUGGAUAAACUAGUAAAAGGAAAAUUUCAGGACAAUUUUGAAUUCGUGCAGUGGUUCAAGAAGUUUUUUGAUGCAAACUAUGAUGGAGAAGACUAUGACCCUGUGGCUGCCAGACAAGGUCAAGAAACCGCGGGCACUCGUUCCCUUGUUGCGCCAGCUCUGAACAAACAGAAGAAACCUCUCCGUUCCAGCAAUGCAGCUCCACAGAAACCCAUUUCAACACGGAGAACUACCGCAGCUCCUAAGGCUGCCCCAGGGGUAGUGCGAAAGAAUCCUGAUGUGGGAAACGGGGACAACAAAGUAAAGGAAUUGAUGCAGCAGGUAAUCAUAUUGAAGCAUACUAUGGAAGGGUUAGAGAAAGAGAGAGAUUUCUACUUCGAAAAGCUAAGGAACAUUGAAUUGAUUUGCCAGGAGAAUGAGGAGGAAAAUGACCCCAUACUGCAAAGGAUUGUAGACAUUCUCUAUGCCACAGACCAAGGCUUUGUGAUACCUGAUGAAGGGGCUCCACAGGAGGAACAAGAAGAGUAUUAA